UCUCAGCUUAGUUUGGCCACGUUCUUUUCGGGUUGCGACCACUUAGACAGGACGCUUGAAAUGGACGCGUUCCUGGUGGCAAAGAAUGAGUUGCGUGAGGCGCAAGCGAAUGUUCGCUCCAAGCAAUCAGUCCAGGACAUCCUUGAUUCCCAAGAGGAACUUGAUUGGGCCCGGCAACCUGAUGCACAAGGAGCCAGCGAUGAAGCUGCCACGCAAAUAUAUAUGGCAGCGACCCAGCCUGACCCCGCAGAGCUUGAGGAGGAAGUUGACCGCGAACUUGAGCAGCUUGAGUUGGAAGAACAAAUACAACAAGAAGAACAGGACGCUCAGCGCAGAGAAGCGCAGCAGCAGAAGCAGCAGCAGCAGGCAGCGCGACAGGAGCAGGAAGUGCAGCAGCAGCAGCAGCAGCAGCAAGCAGAUGCUCAAGCGCAACACAGCAACCCUACAGUGCCAGGCAAGCGCAGCGCUUGCAAAACUGCUUCCAAGCCAAAGCCUGCAUCAAACCAAAAGCAGAGCCGAAGAGAAAGCCCACAACGGAAAGCGAUGAAGAUGAAAUGCACCGCUUGGAACAGGAAAAUGAACAACUGCUGCAACAGAUCAAAGCCGAAGAGGACCGCCGUCACAAGAAACAACAGCUGCUAGAACAAAACACGGCCCUGCAAAAGAAACUGGAGGCGCUCAGGGCGGUUAACACAGCAGGCGCUUCAGCCUCGGGACUGCCGCAAGCCCCACAGCCACCGCUGCAGAGAUCACAGGCAAAGCCGCUUGCACCUCCAGCGCCACCGGCGCCACCUGCGCCACCUGCGCCACCUGCGCCACCUGUGCAGCCUGCCGCGCAGGCAGAAGCCCCUAGCGCGUCCCUGGCGCAAACCACGCCGACGAUGCAGAGCACUGUCUCUGCAACCCCGCCAGCCACCACGGCCCCGGCAGCUGCCGCUGCAGUCACUGCGCCGAGCCCGGCCACUUCCACGCCCACGCCCACUUCAGCUCCCUCGGCCGGGGAUGAGGAGCGCGGCACCACUGCAGCCCUCCAGUCGCUGCGCAGGGCAUGCUCCAACCCAGCUCGUGCGUCGUUUGAGAUGAUGCGCGCUUUCCACUCCAAGGGCCAGAAGCGGAAAGAACUCUUGAUGAAAUGGAUCAGCUCAGGCCAAGACAUUUGCAAAUGCACCGUUGAGAUCGUCAAGUCCGAGACCCACGAGGAGAAGUCUGAGAUUCUCACCGGCUGGCUGACUGACGAGCAGGUUUUGUCGCAUUAUUGCGGCAAUGCUGCCAAAGCCGACCAAGCCAAGAAGGAAGCGCAUGCUGCUGGGCGUGUGCAAUCCGAUCCCAAUGUCAGCGGGUACUUUGUGUACCGUCUUGUCACUGCCAUGAGUGACACUGACAGCCACCGGAAGUCCGACACCACGACGCUCAAGGUUGUUCCUCUCUGUGAUGACACGCGGCCUGAAGCCCGUGCGCUGUUUUCGGAGCUGCGGACCGGCAAGGAGGAGACGCUGGCCAUUGAGGACCGCCGUGCGGAGGCCAAGAAGCCUGCCAAGAAGAAGGACCAAGGCCCUGUCAAGGCUGGUAAGAAGACCAAGAAAAGUUCCCAGGGCGGCAAUCCGCCAGCCAUCUGGGACUUGGCCCGAGUGCGUCCCGCCGACGUAAAGUCUGGAGCUGCCAUUCCUGUAGUUGACAGGGGUGAGACACGGCGGCUUUGCCAGCAGCACGUGCUCUCCAAGGCCGCGUCGUACGGCAAGCUGACGGUUCGCGUGAAAGACCACCAGGAGACAAAAGACUCCUUGAAGUCGCUGUCUGAAGCGAAAGAGGUCUUGGAAAAUGCUUGGAAGGCCGUGGCAGGCAUGCAGGAUGAUGCUCCCGAAGAGACAUGGGGAAACAAUCUGAAGGCGCUGGGCCAAGCUUACUUGCAUUUUUGCGACAAAGAGGACUUUGUGACUGGCUGCGCGCGUGUGCUUGAGAGCCGUAGCCGGCUCGGCUGAGUGGCUAGGGAAAC